AUGGAGCAAGAGGUUUUGGAUAAUUUCCAAAAGCUACAGCUAACAAAAGAGGAGGCAGAUGAUAUAGUCAUAACAAAUGUUGCUAGAGCAGAGCUUCUUGAAGAAUGUUCCUUAAGUCUCUUUGGGCGCCUCCUUACAGACAGUCAACAAAAUCAAAGAGCUUUCAAGAAUACUCUGAAGGCAGCAUGGAAGAUGGGAUCGGACUUGAGGAUUGUGGAGGUGGGGAAUAAUGUAUUGCAAUUUAAGUUUGGUUCAUUGUGUAAGUUGGAGUGGGUUGAAAGAAGUGGUCUGUGGAAUUUUGAUAAUAACCUUCUUCUUUUAUGUCGAUGGAGGAAGGGGUUAACAACAUCAAAUAUUUCUUUUACCCAUGCUCUUCUUUGGAUUCAAGUCUGGGGUUUACCAUUUGAGUAUAUGUCUGAAGAUGCUGGGAAAGAUAUAAGAAGCAGACUUGGCAAAGUUCUUGAAGUGGAUAAAAGGUCAUUACAGGCGGAGCAAGCAAGUUUAUGA